CAAUCAUCAUGAAUUCGACUACCUCUCUCGCUCAUGAAUAUCUUGCUCUGGACCAAAAUCCAGUUACUCACGCUGAGAUCAAAGGACUUUUGGAUUCUGCAAAUCAUGAUAAGCUGCAGAAGCUGCUUUCUACUCGCAUUGCGUUUGGAACUGCUGGACUCCGUGCUGAAAUGGGUGGUGGUUACUCCCGUAUGAAUGAACUCACUGUCAUUCAAGCCUCACAAGGCGUCUGCGCUUACUAUCUCGACACUGUGCCUGAUUUCAAAUCAAAAGGUGUUGUCAUUGGUCACGAUCACAGACACAAUUCGGAUGCGUUUGCUAGGCUUACGGCUGCAGUCUUUGCCAGCAAGGGAAUUAAAGUGUACUAUUACAGAGAUUUAGUGCACACACCCAUGGUUCCAUUUGGUGUUACUUCUUUGGGUGCUGGAUGCGGUAUCAUGAUCACUGCUUCCCACAACCCUAAACAGGACAAUGGCUACAAACUGUAUGCUGGAAAUGGAUGCCAAAUCAUCAGUCCUCAUGAUUCUUUGAUUGCUGAACAAAUUCUACUCAAUCUUAAACCCUGGACCUGGGAUUACGAGUUGAUCAACACGAGUUCUUUAGUGACUGACCCAAUCAAUGAAAUGUAUCCUGCCUAUUUUGCCAAGCUCAAGUCGCUCUCUGUUUUCCACGAAAAAAAUGCUAUCCAGAAUGUCAAAUUCUGCUAUACUGCCAUGCAUGGCGUUGGUCUGACCCCUGCUUUGAAAGUGUUUGAGGCGUUUGGUCUCUCUCCAUUUGUGCAAACAGCUGAGCAAGUCAAUCCAGAUCCUGAAUUUCCUACCGUUGCGUAUCCUAAUCCCGAAGAGGGGAAAGGUGCACUGACUCUUGCAAUGCAAACCGCAGACAAAAACGGUGCUACAGUUAUUUUUGCCAACGACCCUGAUGCUGAUCGUCUUGCCAUUGCCGAAAAAAAACCAAAUGGCGAAUGGCAUAUCUUCAAUGGAAAUGAAAUUGGUGUGAUUCUUGCCACUUUGGUGCUUGAAUCUCUUCGCAUAUCCGGUGGAGCGAAACGCCCCUUGGCAAUGCUUACCACUACGGUCUCCAUGCAUAUGCUAAAACAGGUCGCCAAGCAAGAAGGUUUCCAGUUUGAAGAAACCUUGACGGGAUUCAAAUGGCUUGGUAACCGUGCAAUCGAUCUUGAGAAAAAAGGAUUUCAAGUCGCAUUUGCGUACGAGGAAGCCAUUGGAUUCAUGGUUGGAGAUGCUGUGAGAGAUAAAGAUGGUGUGAGCGCGCUUGGCGUGGUUGCUGAGUGGGCCAAUCAUCUUGCUACAAAAGGACAAACUCUUCAUGGUUAUUUACUAUCCUUAUACGAAAAGUAUGGCUACUUUACAUCAAACAAUGGUUACUUUAUUUGCCACGAACAGUCUGUCAUCAAUUCUCUUUUUGAUGAUAUUCGUUAUGGCAAAGAACGUAAAUCCGCCGAGGCCGGAUCACCUUACAAAUACGCUUUGCAGUAUCCAACAACCAUUGGUGGAUCAAAGGUUUGCUGGGUGCGUGAUUUAACAAUUGGCUAUGAUACAGCCCAGGCGGAUAAAAAGCCCACUCUGCCAGUUUCUUCCUCUGCUCAGAUGUUGACACUCGAAUUGGAGAACGGAGCGUUGAUUACAUUAAGAACUUCGGGAACUGAGCCCAAGAUCAAAUACUAUACUGAACUCCGAGCAUCCACACUUGCACAGGCCACCAAAGAUCUUCAAAUAGUCGUUGACAGCAUGAUUGAAAUUUGUUUGCGUCCCAAGGAGCACAAACUUGUUUAGAGCUUACACUCGACUGUUUUGAAUUGACGGAUUUUUUCAGAUUUGCUUUUUGAAAUAAAGGGUUGUUGACUCU